AUGAAUGAAUAUUUAUACGCCUUUACAGGUACAGUUAAUUCUACUACUAUUAUAGAUGGAAGUGGAUUACAAAUUGUUGUUUUGUGUUAUCAAAAUCAUUAUGGCAGAUACGCAUUUUCUAAAACUGCAUUUUCAAAAGAAAAUUGUGAUUGUAUUCCUUUAGAUUAUUCACAAAAAAUUUUAAAAAGUACUGUUUUUAACUAUCCUGAUUGUGUUUACAAUUCUUCGAUGUUUAAUUUGAAUCUUUCGAACUAUAUGUCAUGGAAUUUGGAUAUAUAUAAAUGGUACACAAUUUAUUCUAAUAAUCCGAUGAUGUGGAUAACAGGUUCAAAUAAUCACGUUUUAGAAUUAGAAAAAUUUGAUAUGAAAAGUUCUUUUAGUAUUUUUUUAAAUACCAAAAUAAACAAUUUGACAAUUUCAAGAUUAAAUGUGGGAGGAUGGUUUGACUCAAAUGUUGAAAUAAAGCAAGUCAAUUUGAAACCAGAGUUUAAAAACAAAAUAUUGUUUGUUGUUCACAACGGUCUGCUGAUAUCCGAACAAUUGGAAAGUUGUGGUGAAAGAGUAUUUACCAAAGAUUGUGAUAUUGAUAUGUGUGUUUGUGAUUAUCGAACAACGAGUUCGUCAACUGAAUUUACCUUUUUGAACCAAAAUGCUAAUAAUUGUCUUGACGACACCAAUUCAAUUCAACUCAAACUUAACAUCAACAAUUAUACUUAUAUACCACGAUUUGAAAGAGAUAUAUGGGAAAGUUUGAUAUAUUCAAAUGGUGGAAGUAUUACAGCUAAUCCAAAUUAUAUAUCAACACAAGUCGAGUUUUCUUUUUGUAGUGUCAAUUUAACAAUUACAAUUGAAACAACAAUAAAAUGUGAAAUAUUGAAUGUUUAUUUAAAUACCAGAUAUAUAGUUGAAAAUCAUGGUGUUUUAAUAAUUGGAAAAAUCAUUUAUCGAAAUGUCUUUAGUCGAUUAACCCAAUGGAACAUCUUGGUGUUAAAGGGUGGAAAUGUAAGGCCUUUAAACAGUAAAAUAACAUUGAGUGUUGACCAACCGAUUUCAACAAUGUUUUUCUGCAACGAAGUGUUGUCGUCGAUUGUUGAAAUUGAUUUGACAUUAUUCGAAAAUCCCAAAGGGAUAAGUUAUGGAUCAAAAUUGUAUAGAAUAUGUUUUGGGCACAAUCCACUUUCAAAAGAAAUAAUAUGCGAAUUGGAUCAAAGUGAUUUUUCAUUAUUUUCGAGCCACAAAAACGUUCUUCAUUGCCCUUUAAAUGAUAAUUCGGUAACCCAACUGAUUCAAACCGAAAUGUUUAUUUAUAAUUAUCAAUGCAAUGGAACGUUUGUUCAACAAAAAGAAAUUGUUCAGAUGACUUCUUUUAUUGAAGGUGAAUCAAACUUUGAUGAUCCCAUCGAUAACAUUUUGUAUAUUGAUGAUACCUCGUCAUAUAGUAAUACCUUUAGGAUUAAAGGAAAUAAAAACAAACUUUUGUUGGGAAACAAAAUGGGGUUUGAAUUACAAAAGUAUGAUGUUCAGCUCAAUAAGAUUUAUAUAAAAUCGAAUUUAUCAUCAUUGUGCAAUUCAUUUUUUAUUUUAGAAACUGGAAUUAAAGAAUGUAUUUUAUGUAAAUCGUUUAGUAUUUUACAAAACAAAUCAUGUCUUCCUUUUGACGUCAAUUGUAUUGCUGAUGGUAAUAUUCCAACAAGAUAUUGCGAAACAUGUAAAUUGUCUUACCAAGCAUUUAAAGAAAAAUGUAUUUUAUGUUCAACUUAUUGUCUUAGAUGUAUUGAUGACCAAUGCAUUUUAUGUCAAGAAAUGUAUGAAUUAAAAAAUGGUAUUUGUGUUGAAGUUGCUAAAGAGGUUGCCUAUUAUAAAAGCAGAAUUUGGAAAUGUUCUAAACAUUAUUCAAACGAAAAUCAAACUUGUUUGCCAUGUAAAGAAGGUUGUAUUUUUUGUCGAAAUAAUAUAUGUAUUAUUUGUGAGCCAAAUCGUGUUUUUGAUGUUAAUGGGGAGUGUGUAAUGCCGAUUGGAAUUCUUUUGACAAAUAUGAAAAAAGCAAUUGUUUGUCUUCCAUCGUACUUUCUUGAUAAUAAUAAGUGCAAUUUAUGUUCUGAUUUUCAUGGAAAUUUGUGUAAAUUUUGUACAAAAGAUAAUUGUAUUUUCUGUGAAGGAGAUAUCAUUGUUUCAGAUGGAAAGUGUCUUCAAAUCGAUGAAACCAAUUGCACAAACAAUAAAGGGACGUAUUGUACUGGUUGUAAUGACGUUUUUCUUUCAAUUUCGGAAAAUGAAAUAUGUGAGAAUAAUACAAAUAAUUGUAAAGUAACUACAUUAAAUGGUAAGUGUAAUUUAUGUCAAGAUAACACGUUUUACAUUUACGAACAACAAACUUGUGUUCAACAAAAUUAUUCAAUUGAUAAUUGUAUUCUUAUGAAUUUUGAUAAUGACCGUUGUGUAAGUUGUCAAAUGGGAUAUUUUGAACACAAUAAUAUUUGUAUUAAAUGUCCUGAAAAUUGUAAAAACUGUUAUGACAAUGAAAACUGUAUUCUCUGUGAGACUGGUUAUUUUCUUAAUAACGGAAUGUGUUUGUCUUAUUCUACUGUAAAUAGUAAUUGCAAAAGGCUCAUUCAAAGUAGUUCAAUGUGUGCAUUGUGCGAAAACAAGUAUUUUAGAAAUGUUAAUGGAAAUUGUGAUAAUUGUUUACAAGGUUGUGAAAAUUGUAACACAAAAGACAGAUGCAUUUCUUGUGAAAAAGACCACUUUUUAACAACAAACUCAAGCGCAUGUUUGUCAUUUGAUUUACUUUCAAAUUGUUUACAAAAAACACAAAGUGGAUGUUUGCAAUGUGCUGAUGGGUAUUUCGUACUCGACCAAAUUUGUGUUUUGUGUUCUUUCAAAAACUCAAAUUGUGAAAAAUGCAAUCCAAAUUCUAUUUGUACUUCAUGUAAAAAGAAUUAUAUUUUGUCAUCAACUUCACAAUGUGUUUCAAUGAAUGUUGUGAUAAAUUGCAUUGAAGUAGUCAAUUCAAAAUGUUCUCAAUGUUCAUUCUGGCACAAUCCAAGUGAGAAUGGUUUAUCUUGUUAUACACAAAUAGUUUGGUGGGUUAUAUUAAUAUGUGUUAUCGUUGCUUUGUUGAUAUUAACAAUA